AUGGCUCUCCCUACGCUGGAGAUUUUGCUCACUAUGGAAGACGCCGUUCGCCCAAGUGCUGAGAAACUCACAGAGGUGUACGACAAAGGCUAUUGUACUUGGCUCAAUCUCUUCCUGCAUGCAACUCAAGAGCCCCGCCUGCCGCAAGCUGGUUUCCAAAUUCAGAGUUCAAUUCUACAUCAGCCUUACUUCCCUCGUCAUCUGGAUUUGAAGCAUAAUUAUGGCAACCUUUCAGUUACUGGGACUUCGAUCUGGGAGGUAUCACAGGAACCCUGCAAGAUCCCAGCGCUGGAAAAGCAGAUCCCGCCGCUGGAAAAGCAGCUUGAUAUUCCAAUCUUGAUACCUGGGCCAACGCAUCUCACUCUGUCUUCGUGUUCCGAUCCGCGUUAUCAUAAUUGGUUUAAAGGAGAAGAGAGCCACCUAUCUGUGCUAAUACUUGCUUGGAGCUACAUUCUUUCAGCACGCUGGGCAGAUCUUAUGCCUUGGUCCCCUGUGCUUGAAUAUACAGACAGCCAAGCACAAUGGAAGGACGACCAGCCUGCUGAUAGGGAUUCUGUCAUGGUAGAGAUAGGAAAUGUUGACAACAGUGAGGCCAGAUGGUGGGCUGCUAUUCUGGCUCCCGGAGAGGGCUGGCAGGCCUACAUUUCUUCUGGAAAAGACAAAUUUAGAUCCCCGUGGUCUAUAACUUUUGAUUCGUCGUCGAGAUUUACUCUGUCCCAUUACAAAUGCUGUCCUGCUUUGUUGAGCCGGGCUGUACCUUUUGAAACUGCCAUUUGCUUGCUUUCAGACUACUGCGAGCUACAUGAUGUUGUGGACCAAAGCCAUGCAGCGCUGUCAGCAGUCCUGUUUCUUCCUUACUUGCAUGGCAUGGGGAAGGAUGUUUUCCUACCUAGACCAAGAUUUUUCUGUGGAACACAGUUGAAAUCUGUCUCACAGCCCGGUGUGCAACCUAACCGCGUCUGCUUGCAGAUAAAUCACGGUCUUGACAGGCUUCAAGAACCUUGA